AUGCCGGAGCUCAUAGACCAGAUGUACUGCUCGCAACAGAUCGUCAUACCACCGAAGUUUCCUUACAUCCUCAAGAAAUAUUGUAAAGCGGCCAUUAAAACUCAGCCAUACGACCUUCUCCGCUGGUCGUUCGAAUACUUUUCGGCGCUUGCGCAGAACCGUCCCCCUCCCGUGAAGUUGAGGUUGGAAUACCCAAUAUACAGCACGGAGGGUGGUCUGACCAGAGGGUGCUUAAAGGUUCUGGCCAAUCAAUUAAUUGGCAUGUCACAAGUACCGUUACCAGCUGUCCGUAAAGCCUGGGACGGUUUUUGCCUGGAUCCUGAGGAGUUGAAGAGGAUAUUCUGUUUGUGUGAAGUAUAUCUUCGUGAAGAUUCGGUACCUUUCUUGCAUUUUAUAGCUGUCGCUGGAGGUCUACUCACUAAGACUUUAACCCACACCAUGAUCCUGCUCUGCGAGACCUUGACCAAGGAGCCUGAUGGUGGAUCAGCAGCCAUACCACUCCAGGACUUCCUCACAAUGUACCAGUUCCUGGCUCGCAUGGACGCAUCCAAGGAUGUGAAGUACUUCAAUGGCUACCGAGAAGGCCAAACACCAAAACCUGAAAGUCCAGUCGAAGAAGAGGAAAACCCAGAAACAGUUGAAGAGCAAGCGGAUACAGAGUCAUUAUCAGAAGAUUACUGGCAAGAACUACACGAAUGGGAAAAUUGCAGACACCUUCAAAAAGUUAAUCUCAUAAAUGACCACGUACCUCAAACGGCGAGAUUGAGUGAUAAACUGAACAUGCCGGUGAUUGGCAAAAUUAAGAGAUCUCCCUCUAUCGAGAGAGCUGGACAGAUAGAGAGGGAAAACUAUAUGAGAGAGAGAAAAGGUAGACCUGCUCCAAGCGAAGAAGUCGAAAAAAAGCUUCGAGAGCUUAGUAGUGCAAAAGUCAACGAGGCAGAAGAUAAGAAUGUUGUCCAAAAAUCGAAAGAUGAAAACGUUGAAAAGAACAAAGAAGAAAUUAAGAUCAUAGUGACGGAUGAAGACGGUCAGGAGAUACCGUUUGAAAUAUAUGGUGAACCUAAACAAGAAGAAGAUGCUAACGUAAUUGAUGAAGGAACAGAUGUAUUAGGUGUUGAAGAAGUGAAAGAUGAAGAAACAGAGAAGAAAUUUGAAGAGAUAGACGAAAAAGAAAGAAUUACAUUAUUUGUUACAGAAUGUUACGAAGAGCGCGAGCGGCGUCGGGAAGAUUUGGAACUUACGUUUGACGAGAUAGCUGAAAUCGUGGAUAGGUUCAAGUCUGCUAACUAUGAUCUUGGCAUGGUAGCUGGUAGGCAGAUGUCGACGACAAGUGGGGAGUUUGUGGUUUCUCACAUCGAAAAGGAGAUUAUGGAUUACAUUGACGGUCAGAUUGCGAUUUUACCUGAUCCUGACUUGAAGAAGAAGAAGGCUAAACCAGAAGAGGUGGCCAUGGUGAAGGAUAUCCUCGAAAACUUUCUCGAUGAAAAUAUGGACGUGAUCGUACCGGAACUUGAAGAAGUUGAAGAAGAGGAACAGCCAUUACCGGAAGUAACGGUAGUGUACGCAGUACCCGGUAUUGGACCUCCGGUAGACGAGGAUUUGAUACGAGAUUUCGUUGAUUAUGCCUUGGAAGUCUGCAAGCUACAAGCUGACGUUAUUAUGCCUAGGAAUAUACGGCAUUUCCUGUGUCCGCCUUUAGAAAAGUAUGAAGAACCAAAGAAUGAUGAUCAGCAACCGAAGAAAGAGCAGGUCGCAAUGGGUGGCGUCAUCACGGAUUAAAUCCAUUAUGAUCAAAUUUUAAUAUAAAAAUUAUUUUAAAAUAUAUAAUUAUGACCUAUCAAGUAUUGUUAAAAAUUUAAUGUUUAUUUUAUUUAAUAGCACUAUAGCACUGUUUUUGUAGUUUCUUCUAUAAAUUAUAUUAAUACAAUUACAUAAAUACGUAAA